GACAUCCUGCCAAACUUCCUCUCGUGAGUCUUUCCCUGCAAUGCCGCUUGGUCUUCGGGCUGCGACAGAGGCACGCUGACAGGUGUGCGUCGACUGCAGCUCCAUCGCCUCUUUCCUCUUCCCGCUCUUCGCAUCCUACAAGGCCCUCAAGACAUCCGACCCGGCCCAGCUUACACCAUGGCUCAUGUACUGGUCCGUCUUGUCAUGUGUCGUGCUGUUUGAGUCCUGGACCGAGUUCAUCCUCGCCUGGGUCCCCUUCUACGCGUACAUACGCCUCUUCUUCCUGCUGUAUCUCGUCCUGCCGCAGACACAAGGCGCCCGGCAAAUCUACGAGACCUACCUCCACCCGUACCUCGAAGAGAACGAGUCGGCCAUCGAAGAAUUUAUCGCGAACGCCCACGACAGACUCAAGGAAGCCGGCCUGGCAUAUCUAAAGCAGGCGAUCGAGCUGUUCAGGACCCGCGUGCUCGGGCUCGCACCAUCCGAGGUGGCCCAGGAGGACCAGCGGCGCGCAAGUGAGGCCCCACAGGGCUACACACAGGCUCUGCUUGCUAGGUUCAGCGUGCCUGCGGCGCGCUGGGCUGCGAACAAUGCCGGCAGCGCCGGACACGACUUCUACAACUUGCUGGCUGGCGCAGUCAGCGCGGCGGCCGGGAGCGCUACCGGCGGGUCGAGCAGUAGCACCAGUGCGGCGGCAAGAGGUGCUGGCGGCCAGAGCAGCACCUUGAUCCCGCAGAACAUCCGUGACGCGCAGGAGAAGAUAACAUUUAUCGCGGCGCAGCGGGAGCGUCUGAACUUCGUGUUGGGCGCGCUCGACAAGGAAGCCGCCGAAAUCGAGAAGAGCCGCGGCGGAUACGCCCGCGGAGGCGACCUGCGGCCCAGCAGCAUCAGCCUCGACGGCACCACGCCAGACAACGAGGCUUCGCGCCCACCCAGCGGCGGCAGUGUCUGGAGCGGCCUGAGCAAGUCACGCAGCGAGGUCGACUUUGAGAAGAUUGACGCCGAGAGCGGUGCCGAGGACGAGAACGGCAUGCGGCGGCGCGCGGCGCAGCUGGCCGACGGCGACGAGACGCCCGGCGUGACUAGCAAGGCGUGGAGCUUCCUCGGUUUCGGAACGACGACUACCGGCCCCGCGACGCCAAAGGCUGAUGACGAUGGUGCUGGCCGGAGCUCAGGGUUUCAGAAGUAGGUGGACAUCAUUGUGUUCGCACACGAUUUUGGCUGUUAUGCGUUUUUGGAGUUCCGGCGACUUUGAGCAGCUCCGUCUUUCGUGAUGGCUGCAUUGAGUUGAUUGUAACAAGCAGCACUUACAAUGAUAUAUCUUCCCUAUGCCG